AUGAAGCGUCCCUCAUCGCCAGACAACCCCGAGAGAGUGACCCAAGAUGAUGAUCAGCGCACAAUGAUUCUAGCUGUGCUAGUUGGCAAUGAAGACAGUAUAUGGCAGUUAGCACGGGAAGGGGCGGAUCUGAAUUUCCAGGACGGGCACUCAUGGACACCAUUACAUUACGCAGCUUGGAGAGGUCAUCCACCAGUUGUACGAGCACUAAUCAAGGCCCAGGCAGAUAAAAGCGUCCGCGAUGCGCUGGGGCUACAACCUAUUCAUCUAGCUGCCUCACGAGGGAACACAACUAUAUUGGAGAUUCUGUUGGAAGACAGUUCAAGCUCAGAUACAGCGAUGGAUCUUCACAAAGAUCUGGAGUAUAAAGACGGUACAGGCCGGACGCCCCUGUCUUGGGCGGCAAGCAGUGGCAAGCAAAAAGCUGCGAGAUAUCUUAUAGAGCGAGGCUUCGUAGUUGAUUCAAAAGACGACUCAGGCCGAACUGCACUUUCAUGGGCCGCUGGAAAUGGCCUAGGAGAUGUCCUUAGACAAAUUUUGCAGCAUGAUCCCGAGGUCAAUCUUCCUAAUACUGCCGGUCAAACCCCAUUAUCUUGGGCUAGCCAAAAUGGAUAUGUCGAAACCGCGAGAAUCUUGCUUAGUGCGGGUAGCGACUCUGAGGUUGCUGAUGAAGCUGGCCGAACGCCUUUAUCAUGGGCCGCAGGAAAUGGUCACCAUGAAGUAACCUGUCUACUAAUUGAAAAGGGCGCUACAAUUGAAUCAUCAGAUAAGACGGGUCAUACACCAUUAUCCUGGGCCGCCGAAAUAUCAGAAAGAACUUCGGCAUUUCUCCUGGACUGUGGUGCCUUGAUAGAGUCAAAAGACAUUUUCAAUCGCACACCCCUUUCUUGGGCAUCGCAACAUUCAACUGACACCAAGAAGCUCCUGCUUGAGUGGCAUGCCAAAAUAGACUCUCCGGACUCCUCUGGGAAAACCCCUUUAUCGUGGGCAGCCAGCCGUGGAACUGAAACCGCGAUUCAGUUGUUAUUAGAUCAUGGUGCCGAUCCAGAAAUACACGAUCAUAUAGGAUGGGUCUCCUUGUUACAGGCUGCUGAAAAUAGCCGUGCUCUGUUGUUGAUGUUGAUACGCGCGGCGCAGCGCGGAUACUAUGACAUGGCAAGACUUCUUUUUAGCAGGGGUGUUGAUAUAGAUAAGGCAGAUAGUCAAGGCCAAACAUCAUUGUCAUAUGCCUCACAAGAGGGCGCUGUUUUAGUUGUCGAGUUUCUUCAAGAGGAUGGUGCAGAUUGUGACAUAAAGGACGAAUGCGGAACGCCCAUAUCAUUUGCAGCGGGACGAGGUCAUGAACACGUGGUCCGACUAAUUCUUCAAUAUAAUAGUCACGAUGCGAAAGACUCACCGGAUAACUCAGGGCGCUGUCCUCUAUCUUGGGCUGCGGGAAGUGGCCACAAAGGGGUAGCUGCCCUGCUCUUGCAGGAAGGGUUCCCAGUUCAUGCCAAUGAUAAACAAGGAUGGGAGCCUCCGGCAUGGGCUGAAAAGCAAGGACAUUUCGAAACUGCCAGUCUGCUUGCUGAUCGGGGUGGUAAUGUAGACGCUAUGGAUAAAACCCCACUCAAUGCUCUUCAGCGCGUGGCGUGCGACGGCGAGGAAACCACCGUGAGAGGGCUACUUGAUGGUCCCAAGGCUAAUGUCAAUGGACCAAAAAACUGGUACAACUCUGGCCUCAAAUUGAACAUGUCGCCUUUGACCCUAGCGGCAGGCAAUGGCCAUGAAGAGACGAUUAAGGUCCUACUUGAUCAUGGUGCCGACUCAGAAAUGCGCCACGAGUCAUCAUAUCAGACCGCGAUAUUCGAAGCUGCGGACAAUGGACACCAAGGAGCAGACAGAAUCUUGAUCCAGAUGGGAGCGGAUGUUGAUGCUCGUGAUAUUUUGGGCCGAACGGCUUUUUCGUGGGCUGCUGAAAAGGGUCAGGUCGAAAUGAUGAACAUUCUUGUUGAAUCUGGCACGGAUAUCAAUAUUCACGACGCUUUGAAUCGAAAUCCUCUAUCUCGAGCUGCAGAAAGGGGCCGAAUUGACGCUGUUGAACUGCUGCUCAAACUUCGUGCUAAUUGCAGAUCAAGGAGCGAUAAUUUGGGUCUGACGCCAUUCAUGUUUGCUGCCAAGUCAGGCCACUUUGAAGUUGCGGAGCUACUCAUGGAAUCGUGGCCUGAUUCAUACUCCGAUGGAGAUUGGAUCGAUACUGCGCUUUAUCUCGCGGUUGCUACAGAAAAUGGGGAAUGUGUUCACUUCCUUGUCAGUAAAGGAGCGCGGGUAGACUCUCGAGCCUAUCACGAUCCUAUACCAGCAGCCCAAAUAGCUAAAAAUGAGCAAACGGUGGUUUCAAAGCUAUCUGGAAAGAAGGAUAAUUUCUUAGGGUGGCUUUCACAUUGUGCAGGAAGGACAAAGUGCGAGCGACGGCGGCGUGAGGAAAGAAGGAAGGAAGACCUGCGAGGCGUGUCAUAUGUCUACAGCGGAAACCUCGGAGGACAAAGUUUCCGUGGGAUGACUGCCCCUGGUCCGAUACCUUGUGAUGUCGAAGAGACAGUCCAGUUCCUCCUAUAG